AGCCCAAAGUAACGGCACACAGGUCUCAACUAUAUGGAUUGUACAAUACAGUACUUCAGCCUCCUUGACCUACAGUAAGAACCCAUGAUAGAUAUCCUUGGCCUUACCGAAGACGCCCUCAAUCCUACAGGUACUUAGAUGUACAAACUCAUAAAAACCGAGAGACUCUCUCAGUUCUCAUAAUAUAUCGUAGUCUUCGUUCAUCCCCCCUGGUCCAGUGCCUUUCUUCUAUGGAAUUCGGUCAUCCACUCCUUGACAUUCAUUUUUUCGACACUCUUUGAGAACCAGUGAACUGUUUCUUCGUUAUUAUGAUAUUCCCAAGGAAAGAUACCGUGCUCGCCCUCUUUCUAUUUUCAGGGGGCGCCUCAACACAAGACUUGCCACGGCACCAUUCCUUAAGCAAAAUCGUGUCCUCGUCGGAGUGUAAUGGAAAUCAUUUCGAUCUUCCAGUCACGCACAUAAAUGCAACCGUAACCACUUCCGUAACCAAAUAUCCAACGUCUAGUAGACAAGGCGUGCCUAAUGAUAGUACUUCAACUAGAAAUACUAUCAUCCCGACUGUAGCAGGCAGCCCGAGUCCCCCAUUUUCUAACGUUACCGAAACGGGAGCAGGCUUGACAACGUUGACUGUCAGCCUGACUUCCGUAGAGACAGUCAUAUCAUGCGCAUCCACUAUCAAUGGAUGUACCGCGGCGACAGAUUAUAACGCGCUCAGUUCUUUACCCAGAGAGGCGCUAUCGACGAUGCUUGUGACAAAAGCCAUCGGUAUCACCACCACUGUCUGUCCGGUCACUGAAGCUUCUGCAGUGUCUUCAUCAAUCGUAGCUUCUUUGAUGCUCUCUGCUCUUCUAGUCAACGAAACUGAUCUCGCUUUCGAUGCCGGGACUACGAAGAGUAGUAGCUCGUUGGAAGCGGGUGGCAUAUCCGUCGAGAAUGUCCCUGUCUCGAACACUAUGAUCACCAGCACUAUAACUCAGCCUUACUCCUCCUCGGCUAUAUCUCCAGUUGAAUCAGUUAUCACCACAACUAUCAGCGCCAGCUCUGGAGCGUCGACUAUCGUUACCACCACCACUGAAACCCUAUCUUCCGCCACAGUAUCAACCAUACCCCCCUCAUCCGUCACCGUGACCUUGGGCAUCGGCACCGGCAGCGAAGCAACCACGUCCGUAGUGAUCAUCCCUCCAUACACCACCACGAUCUUCCGCCCCUGGCCACCCGUCGCCACCAAACCCACCGGCAGCGGCGGCGAAAGCGCGGCGGAAGUUAAAACCGUCACUGUCUGGCCCCUUCAAUCCGUAGUAACCACGACCAUACUCGUAACCGCAACCGAGACAGUCAGUGGUGGGGGCGCGCAAACUACCACAGUCUUCAGCGCCGCGCUGUCUACCGUUACAGUAACCGAGGCGGCCGCAUCCACGAUUACUACGACUGUCGGGGAAGGUGGCACGAUGACUAUCUUCUCUACUCUCCUGCCUGAAGGGAUGUGUGCUUGCUCGACCCCUGCGGUGUAAGGGCCUGCUUCGUGCGCCCUUGCAGGGGGCUUAGGAUGCGAGGAGUCGUUGGAUGACUCC